CCGAGUUCACCUGAGCCGCUGGGCUCAACGCCACCAGCUUUGAAAAUAAGAAAAGCGGAGACGCUAGCACCAUACAACGCUGCGUGCGGGAAUGGAUUGUGCAGCGCUCUAGUGUUCAAUGUUCCCGACGACAUAUCGGUGGAAACAUUUAGGCGUGCAAUCAUUGCAGUUAAUGGCAUUGCAGAGAAUGCCUUGCAGGUUCAAAGAUUGACUAAGCGUGUAACCCAAUUUGCGGGUCCCAUCAAACUGAACGCAAAGGAUGAGGAAGUAUUGCAUACUCUCAUAGCUAACCGUGAACAGCUUCGCAGUGCAACAAUGCUAAGCCAGCUUACAUUCGGGCCGCUGAAAAGAAGCUUAGGUUGGGCUGCGACUAAUCCUAACAUCAUUGCAGGCUAUAGGCAACGCGAGCUUGGCGCAUCCAAAAAGAGACAACGAGCUACACCUAACCGCUUAGACAGCAUUGUGUCUAACACUACGAAGGAUCCCAAUGUCAAACGGGCUUGCGGAGCAAACUCACCUAUUCACUCACCGACGACGGCUAUGUCACCCACACAAGCCUUAAUUAGCGCAAGAUCAGUAGACAAACAGUCGCAGCAGCCGGGUUGGGACAAUGCGUUGUUUAGCGUACUUGUAUUUAAUGUUCCGGAUGGCGUAUCGACGGGCGAGCUUCAGAGCACAAUCCUUAAAGUUAACGGUAUCGCGGAAAACUCGGUACACGUUGAGAGGAUGGUCAAAAGAAUCAGUAAAUUCCCAGCCCCAGUCAAAUUGACAGUAGACGAUAGUAGAAUCCUGCGCACUGUAAUAUUGAAUUGUGAACAACUUCGCAAUGCUCUCAAGUUAAGGCAACUUUAUUUUGGCCCACCACGAGGGACACUACCCAACCAUACCCCAGAUACUUGUGAGACGGCAUCGCGUACCACCACCGUUACCAAUUCACCCACGGAGAGCACUGCAUGUGAUAAUUUACGCAGCUCCGAUCAACUACCUGCGCAUCCAGGCUGUUAUGUACCUGCUACAUCCCUCAGACUUUCGCCGCCGGUCCAGAUAAAAUGGCCAAAUAGUCCACUACUUCCUACCCCGCAACCUGCGCAUUUUUUAGGCCAGGUGGGGAUGAGCCGCGACAGUUUCAUCCCGACACCAAACUCCUCGUCGCCCAACUACCAACUGCAAUGCCUUCUCACCCACUUCUUACAACUACUGCAGAUAGCGAAGUAAGCAUCAACGGCUUCAUCUCGUCAUGCGUAAAUCUAAUAGACCCCAAGUGUUCUUUCUCACUUCUACUUAUAAAUGCUAGGUCCCUAAACAAUAAAAUGCAUAUCUUGCGUCCGUUGUCUGUCCUCGCCGACCCUGAUGCAAUAUUUGUCACGGAAACAUGGUUUUCCCCUUAUGCUUCAGAGGAGGACUACUCACUUCCUGACUACCAGCAGUUUAUGCAGUCGCGUACGCACAAACGAGGGGGCGGGUGCGCCAUUUAUGUUAAAAAUACUUACCCAGCAAAAAUGUCCGAAAUGAUGAACGCUGCUGAGGCGAUGGAUUCAGUAUGGAUAACGGCUGAUAUCCUGGGAUCCACGAUAUUAUUUGGGUGUGCUUAUAGACCACCUGAUACCUCAGCUAAGGGUGACAAGGCACUUAUGGAUGCUUUUGCGCAAGCGUCAACUUUUCCCUGCGAUUACAAGCUCGUUGCAGGAGAUUUCAACCUACCUGAGUUAAACUGGUUCUCACCUGCUGCAACAACGAAGUAUGCUGCCCUACAAGCAUGCAUCAAUUUAGGCGGCUGGACGCAACAUGUAUCUGCUCCAACCAGGGAGGAACACAUCCUUGACCUAAUAUUUACUCUCAGCAUCCCAUCAACGCGAGUGGCAGUCGGCCGGGAAUUCCCGGGUAGUGAUCACAGAUUAGUGCAUUGCUCGGUUUACUUAAAGCCACAUACUGCCCACCCAACAGAACCAGGUGCAGUCUUAGUAUACCGCCCGAUGCACCUCGUCAACUGGACAACCUUUGCUGUGCUCGUCCGAUCAAAUAAUUGGGAUGAUUUCUUUAUGUCUGAUUCAGUGGAUCGCUCGGCUGAGCUGUUUUAUGAGGAAAUACUCAACUGUCUCGACUCUCUAGCUCCCGUGUCGCAUUUAAUAAGGCAUUCUUCUAAAAGUAUGACCCAAACCAAAAUGCAUAACAGAAUGCGUCAGCUUAGACGAUCCUAUUACAAAACCUUCAAUUUUGCUCACAUCAUGAGAGCGAACGAGAUGGCAUACCAGUUUUCUGCCAGAGCUAAGCAGCAGAAAACCAAGCAAGAAAUCGCCGCACUAAAUAGUGCGAACAAAGCUAAGAGUCUCAGUUGGCUGCUGCGCUCUCGAACCUCUAACUUUGGACGAAAGUUCUCUACUCUAAAGAUCAGUCCCAACGAAACGUCUAGUGACCCAAGAAUUUUAUGUGAAGCCUUCAGCUCACAUUUUAAAGAAUCUCAGUGUUUGGAAAUAAGCUCAACCUUUCAGGCCAUGAAGGUACCCGGUAGCCAGUCCCUGUCCUUUGUACAGUUUGACCUAAGUAGUGUCCGUUCCGCGAUCUCAACUACCAAGCCAUCCUGGGACCCUGGUCCAGACGGAAUCCCGCCCAGUCUACUUAAGAAUGGUGGUGAAGAUAUCCCUCUGCUUCUUCUGAAAAUCUUUACGUUAUCAAUGCAAAAAGGUCAAUGCCCGGCCGCAUGGAAACAUUCUAUCAUAGUGCCAAGACAUAAGGGCGGAAGCCUACAGGAAGUUGGUAACUAUCGCCCCAUUAACCACACUUCCAUUAUCUCGCGCGUGAUGGAGAAGUUGAUUAAAAAAGCCCUCAUGACUCAUCUUUACGCAGGCGAGCACAUAAAUGAAUCUCAGCACGGGUUUCUAAGUGCUCGGUCUUGUGCAACCUGUCAGCUGGACUUCCUUAAUUUGGUCACCGAGGCCAUUGACUCUAAUCAAUCAGUUGUCAUUCUUUACCUUGAUAUGCAAAAGGCGUUUGACAGGGUACCACACAUGCGCCUGAUGCAUAAGCUAAAGGCUUAUGGGGUAGAAGGUCCUCUAUUAGACUGGUUGGGUUCCUACUUAAUAGGACGUACGCAGUCUGUUAAGGUUGAACAAACUAUAUCCACCCCGACCGCCGUCCCCAGUGGCGUGGUGCAGGGGAGUGUCCUUGGCCCUACCCUAUUUUUGAUUUAUAUCAAUGACCUCUGCAAGAUUUUGCAACACGGUCGCUCCUUUAUCUUUGCUGACGAUGUGAAAGUUGUCUACGACUUUCCCCGUGGCAAUGAAUUUUCCGCAAUAAAUAGUAUCCGUGAGGAUCUUAAUGCACUUGAAAAGUGGUGCGAACACUGGCAAAUGACCUUCUCCGCUCAAAAAUCUAACGUCAUGACCCACAGAUUCUCUAUACCUGCUGGGUCCCUAACAAUAAACGGCAGCACUAUCAAACAGGAUAUCAUAACAACAGAUCUGGGCUUGCGCUACUCUAUGAGCCUCAACUUUGCAGAGCAAGUGCAUUAUCAAGUCGCAAGGGUAAGAGGAUUAUCGUUCCACAUACGCCGUUACAUAGAAAACGCCGAUGCUAGGCUAGAACUUUAUAAGAGUCACGUCAGGCCACAUCUAGAAUAUUGCUCUUUUAUAUGCAGCAAUCUACGUAAGUCAGACCGUGUUCUGCUUGAGAAAGCUCAGCGACGCUUUACGAAGAUGUUGACUCCACCGCAGCAAGCGCUGAAUUACCGACAAAGGUGUGAACACCUUAAAAUUCAGCCGCUAUGGCAAAGGCGCAUUAUCCUUAACAUGUGCUUCUUACAUAAGCUAAUUCAUAGAAAGUUGCACAGUAAUAUCACUUGUCUUAAACUAAGGAGCGCGUCUGAAUCGAGACUCCGAAACAGGGGCCAUUCCAUUACUCCGCUAAAGGCAAAGAAAAGACUGCGGUCUCGUUUCUUCUUGGUUGUGUACGUGAACAUGUGGAACAGGUUGCCUUCCAGAAUAAGAGAAAUCCAAAAUUUGCAGGUCUUCAGGAAGGAGAUACAAAAAUUCCUAUGUUUUGGUAAUCUACAAAGCAUCUUCCAUAUCUGCGAUUCGCAAGACCACUUCUUUGAAACUGGCCCUGAUGUAGCUUGAGGACGCCCAAGAUGUAGUGCAAGACAUCUAAGCACCUUGAGCUCAAAACUCAUCCACAUUCAUUGUGGUUACCAUUCUAGCACCUAAGAGACUUGCACGGUAUCCGUCGCACCCAUUUUCCAGGGUUUAAGAAUAGCAAACGGAAUACAAUAUGAUCUUAUUCUUCAACGACCUCUUCCUUCAAUCCUUAUUUCUUAUCUACAUCUUCAUUCCUUCUCUUCAGACUUACAUUUAUCACUUUCCAACCUCUUGACCACUGGAUCCGUGGAAAAAGUAUUAGGCUUAUGACCUCCAUGGUACUCCUAGUAAACGCAUGCUACCAGACCUAAGCCUUGCAUAGGAUGAUGAAAGCGUUUUCUGCUGCUGAUGCACCCAAGCUUAGCAUUAGAAUUGUCCAAAAUCGUCUAAAUGCCGGCUUUAAAUGAACCUUUAUGUGUCUUCCUAGAUGUCGGUUGCCAGCGGGCCCUAAUUGAAGCUUUUUCAUUAAGUCUGAGCACUAGUUACUAUACUCAGCAGUUUCCAAACACUAUCAGUAGGUAAACAGCAAAAUAAAACAUAUAUCUUUCUUAUUGUUGACAAAGAGCGUACUUUGAAAGUUCUAGGCCCAAGAAUCAGACAUUUUGCUCUCCACUUAUUCUCUCUUGGCCCCAUAUACUUAGCUUUAUCUGGUAUACAUGUGCCUUUCGCUAUUGGCAACACUAGUAGACAGUCAUAAUGAAAACCAGAUCCUCUUCUUUAACUGCUUUUGCUCGUAAAACACUCUCAUUUCCAGAUUUCAUUUCACUGGCACGAAAGCCAACCAACGACAGAGAGGCCCCUGUCACACUGGCUGGCUGGAGCACCAGAAACUUUCCACCACCACUUUUCUUAUCUUGGCCGCCCGUGUAUCAUUUAUCUUUUAGCUGGCUCCAAAGCCUACCAUGCGUUAUGCGUAAUGGUGGGUGAACGACCAGCUCCCACUGGUUUUUGUUACUAUUCUACUCCUGAUUUACCUUAUCGCUCUUUGCUUCGGGUGCUAGAACAGCUCUUGCCAGGCAAAUCACAAAAGAAAUAGUCGGCGUGACAUUAGAGUACCAGUUAACAUUGCCAUCUGGAUGAACACCGCCGGCACUAUCUUCGGAACUUAAGAACGGAGAGAAAUAAAUCAAAAUUCAUCAAAGAGCUGCACAAUAGUGUGCAUCUACACACGAGGCAUAACAAUAACUCAAGUGUGAGCAAGCUCAACCACCAGAAGUAGAGCUGUUAAAGCCCAACCAAUGUAGACCAAAACGGAUUUCACGCCCAAAUGCAAUUAGCUAAAUUUUACUAAAUUUUCCCAUGCUUAUUUCUUUAUUAUUGGUGACAGGCUCCUGUAGCUCACUGAUGUUAGUGACAGAGCCUCAUGAAUAUAGAAAAUCGGCUCUAAGGGAUAAAUCUUGUGAUGUUUAGCCAAGUAAUGUGUCUAUUUUGCAGGCCGAAAUCUGUCAGCCGAUCUGAAAGACCCCCUGGUUUACUCAGGUAGACCUGGCUCAUGCGGUCUUGUUAUAAGCUUUAGUAAAGCUUAGAGGCUUAAAAAAUGCUAAACUCUAUUUUACUGGUUGUUUAUGUGGCUCAGUAUCCCCUGAAAACGGUAUGCCGUGGCCUUCUAACCGUGAGUUAAUUACAGGCUCCCCUGAAUUCCCAUGUAGAUAUAAUAUUCCUUGCUGGAUUUCUAGUGUUUUCGCGCAAAACCAUCCCUUAUUUGCAUAUAUUUAUCAUGUAUGCCUACAAAGUUUACUUUUCGGCCACCUGCGCAGCCCGUAGUUGUCGCAGGGUAUUACGGGCUAAUUAGAGCAUUUCUGGAUAGCCAUGCCCAUCUAGAUCAUAUGCCGCUUCCCUACUUUUUAUGUUUUCUUUUCUUUUUUCUGCUAUCUGCUUGCAAAGCAGAAAGCCAUUUUUAGCGAAAAAUAAAAAUGGCCUUAUUCGUAGACCAUCAUUUAAUUGCGAAUAACUCGCAAAAUACUGCACGUAUUGUGUUGCUUUUAAGUUCAGCGUAUUCAGGCGCUAAAGCUGGUCCAGAUCAGUGCAAUUUUGUGCUACUUUAGGCGGUAUUGUAACUGUAGAAGGGCAUUUUCUUUUAUCUGAGAAUAACUCAGGUUGAAAUUUCGCGCCGGAGAGCAAUAUCAGCGUAAGAAAAGUAGGGCUCUAUUUUUUUGUUAAUUGGUCUUUUUCUACUAAAGCGCGCGGAUUUAUUUACUCUCUUAACAAAUUGUUUCUAUUCUUGCCUGCAUUUAUCGAAAUUUUUUUUAAACUUUUUGUAUGCCUUAUAAUCCCUUCACUCAUUUCUUCCAUGUGCGCAACAACAAUUGGGGCAACUGAGUGGCCAAUUAAUGUGCGAUCAAUUUAAAGUGAACUUUCGGCGAAUUGGAUUCUGUUCCAAGGAGAAAAGGCACAACUCCGCGAAGUUUUUCACAAUAAAAGAACAAGGAGCUCAAGAUCGCCCGAAGGAACCAGAAAACGUCAAGGUGGGCGCCUGAUACCCAGUAGCUGUAUACCAAACAGUGCCAAUGCAUUUGGAAUUUCUAACGAUGAACAUAUAUUUAUAUUUUGCCUACUUCCAUGCAAGAGCAUCGGAUUAAUGUAAGCCUUGAUCUGAACCCUUUAGGGUGCAGCCUCUAGCAGGUCUAGAAAUAUAC